AUGUCAUUCACCUUGUUCCACACCCGCAAAGACGGCACUGUCAAGCCCAUCAAGAUGUCCAUCUUCGACGCCUUCCGAGGAGUUCCUGACCCAAAACCUAGGAAGCCGAAGCCAUGUUCUUGCUGCGGAAAGAUCCACCCGCCAAAGCAUGCACCGGAAGUCACUCCAGAAACCACGGCAGAAGCCGCUCCCGACGCCACGGCUGAAACCAAGGCAGAUCCCGCACAGGAAGGGACAGACGCCAAAGCCCCAAAGGGCGAGAAGAAGGAUGACAAUGACAAAGACAAAGACAAGGAAGCCGAUGACCAGAUCAUGCUACGUAUGAAAGCCGAAAACGCCGCCGCCCAGUGGAAGGACAUCCUCGCCGCCACCAGCUACACUGACGAAGGCGAGCUCAAGGGCCGCUGGCGUCAAAUCAAGAACCAGCUGGCGGAUUUCAAAAAGGAAAUGGCUGGCAAAGAAGACGGCAAGAAGGAGGAAGAAGAGAAAGCCGAAGAGAAAGACAAAGACAAAGACGGCAACACCUCGAACGAAGAGAAAGCCAAGCUUGCCGAGCGGGAGGCGAAAGCAGAAAAGAAUCGCCAGGAAGGACUGAAGAGACAACAAGCAGCCAAAGAGAAGAAGGAAGCUGCAGACCAGGCUGAGAAGAACAAGGACGACGCGCCACAACCAAAGACCAGAGGCGAGACGGGCGAAUUGAAGAUGUGGGCCGAGUCGUACGACAAGAAGAAAUGGCGCCUCAUGGCAUCCAAGCACUACGACAGGACGGGCCAGCGUAUCUCGCCGGAGCAGGCUCGCAAGAUGGCCGAAGCCAAGUGA